AUGAAGCAACCGAUCGAAGAUGUUUCGGAUGCCAGCCCAGUCGUUCGUACGGAGACUGGGGCUGAUGGAGGACAGGCUGAAGUCAUCGAGCUAAACAAGAACUUCAACACCCUCUCGACCUUCUCGCUUGCGGUGUCUCUCAUGGCGACAUGGGAAGCGCUUUGCAGUACAAUGGGCAUCGGUCUGGCAGCUGGUGGAGCCGUCUCUCUUGUCUACGGCUUUCUACUCUCAUUUAUCGGAAACAUCUGCACGGCCAUGUCCUUGUCGGAGCCCGCGUCCAUGUUCCCCAACGCUGGUGGUCAGUACUACAUGAUCAGCGAGCUGAGCCACUUCCGCUCCAAGGCCCUCUUGAGCUGGUACACUGGCUGGAUCAGCCUUGUUGGCUGGGUCGCCUUGACGGCGAGUGCUCCUUUUGGAGCGGCCAAUAUCAUCCAGGGCCUGAUCACCCUCAACCAGCCCGACUACGAUCCCCAACGAUGGCAAUGGUUCCUGAUUUAUCUCGGAAUCACGCUGUUGGCUUUUGCCAUGAAUACCUGGGGUGCCAAGGUGCUUCCUCUGCUUGAGAACAUCAUCAUGAUCUUCCAUGUGGGGUUCUUCUUUGCCAUCCUGAUCGCCUGCGCCGCUCUUCCCAAGGAGAGACAGUCUGCAGAGUUCGUCUUCACCUACUUCUCCAAUGGCACCGGGUGGGAUAGUAAUGGCGUCGCGUGGGGUAUUGGCAUGUUGACUUCCGCGUACAUCAUGGUUGGUUAUGACUCUGCCGCCCACAUGUCAGAAGAGAUGAAGAACCCCCGGACGGGUGUGCCGCGCGCCAUGAUCAUGUCGAUCGUCGUCAACGGUAUCAUGGGCUUUGCCGUCCUGCUUGCCGUCCUCUUCGGUAUCGGCGAUUUCCAAGCUGCGGUCACCAGCAGGACUGGCUUCCCCAUCAUUGAGAUCUUCUUCCAAAUGACCCGGGGCAACGCCGCCGCAGCUUCCGCUAUGUCGUGCACCAUCGUCGCCUCUGCAUCUCUGGCAACUGUCGGCCUCAUCGCCUCGACAUCCCGCACGCUCUGGUCCUUCGCUCGUGACGGCGCACCAGCCUACUCCCGAUAUCUCUCCCGCGUCAGCGACCAGCAUGUGCCAGUCCAUGCCGUCGUUGUUGUGACGGUGAUUGUUAUUCUUCUCGGGGCUUUGAACAUCGCCUCCACGGCUGCCUUCAACGCCGUCCUGUCGGUCACCGUUGUCGGUCUCUCGCUGUCGUACCUCAUCCCCAUCGUCGCCAUGCUUUACAGGAGAAUCUGGACCCCGAAGCAGAUCCAGUGGGGGCCUUGGAAGAUGCCGCAGGCUUUGGGUAUCGUCAUCAAUGUGGCUUCGAUUGUUUACAUCUUGUUCCUGACUUGCUUCCUCGUCCUUCCCGCUACCCAGCCCGUCACCGCGCAGAACAUGAAUUAUUCCAGCCUCAUUCUUGGAGGUGUUUUGAUUCUUGUCACGGCGGACUGGAUCUUCAGGGCUCGGAAGACUUACGAAGGACCAGUUCCUAUGUAUUAA